AUGCUGCUCUCCCACAUCCUCGCUUUCUUCUUCUUUGUCUUCUCCCUCUCCUUCUCCUUCUCUCUGUUUUUCCUCUGCAGAAGUCUCAGGAGGCAGAGGCGGGAAGAAGAGCAAGACCCGGUUGUCAGAGCCGAAUCUUUGUCGAAUAUGAUUGAUGGGGUUCGGAGAACCAGCGAAAACGAGACUGCCCAUCUGCCCCAUUCCCUCCUCCUCGAAAUUUUGCCAUCUGAUUCCCCCAAAUGGGCUGCUCUGUUUGGCGGUGACCCGGAUGGAGCGGUGUCGGGUUAUGGGGAUGAAUCCUCCGCCUGUGGGGAAUCGCAGAAGUUGAUGAAGAAGAAGAAGAAGAAGAAGAGGAAGAGAGCGAAGAAGAAGCGAUUGGAUUCGAAGGUGGUUGAUGAGAAUGUUGGCGGUGCGUGUAAAGAAGCUAAGGGUUUAGAUGGGUCAGGUUUGGAUUCGGGUUCGUGUAGAGUGAUACCGGAGUUAGUUUGUUUGUACCCGUUUACAUCAGCCAGCAGUGCCACCCAGAGGAAAAUUAAGCUGCAGUAUGAUCAGCUAGUGAAGUGCAAUGAAAAGAGAGGAUUGAGAUUGGCUCAGAUAUACAAGCUAGAAGUAGAACAAAAUAGAUUAGAAGAGGAUGCAUUUGUUUAUAAUUGGCUUCAACAGCGGCUUAAACUCUCACCUGCAUACAAAAAGGUACAUCCUUUACCUUCAAUGCUUAAUCAGUUAAUUGGCGGGUCAGAUCCGGUGCUUAAGCCUAAAAACUUAAGCAUAUACUUAAAGCUUUCCUAUUGGCUAAAAUAA